CCACGCCCCAUCCGCCGUCCCUCCCCACCCCCACACCCCUGCCCCCGCCGACCCAUGAUAACCCGCCGUGCGGCGGUGGUAGCCCUACGCGCCUCCCUGCGCCGCGCCUGCUCCUCCCACGCCGCCGACUCCGGCGACCUCCUGCCUGGCCUCGUCGACCGGCCCACGCCGCGUCCCGUGCCCCGCCUCUCCCUCCACGACCUCGCCUUUAUUAGCGACCCUGCCCCCGCGCCCCCCGCCGCCGCCCUCCCGCCGCCGGAGGCCGUCCUGAUCUCCAAGGCGGUGCGGGCCUACGGCGCCGACUUCGAAGGCAAGGCUGAGCGGUUCCUGCGACGGUACCGCGAGUUCCUUACCGAUUCCGUCGUGGUCGCGGUGCUCAGGGCGGUGCGCUCCCCGGAGCUCUGUGUGAGGUUCUUCCUCUGGGCCGAGCGGCAGGUGGGUUACAGCCACACUGGUGCCUGCUACGACGCGCUCGCCGAGGUCUUGGGUUUCGAAGACCGCGCCAGAACCGCUGAGAGGCUGCUUAGGGAGAUUGGGGAGGAUGAUCGUGAUGUGCUCGGCAGAUUGCUCAAUGUGCUGGUGCGGCGGUGCUGCCGCCAGGGCCUGUGGGGCGAGGCUCUGGAGGAGCUUGGGAGGCUGAAGGACUUUGGGUACAGGCCGUCGGCGGUCACCUACAAUGCACUGGUGCAGGUGCUCGCGAGCGCCCGGCAGGUGGAAAUGGGGUUCCGGGUGCAGAAGGAGAUGUCGGCAUCAGGGUUCUGCAUGGACAGGUCCACAGUGGGAUCCUUUGCGCAGGCGCUGUGCAAGGAGGGGCGUUGGGGCGAUGCACUUGACAUGUUAGAGAAGGAGGAUUUUAAGCUUGACACGGUGUUGUGCACCCAGAUGAUCAGUGGACUGAUGGAGGCCUCCCUUUUCAAUGAGGCCAUGUCAUUUCUUCAUAGGAUGCGGUGCAACUCGUAUAUCCCGAAUGUGGUAACGUAUAGGACGCUGCUCUCAGGAUUUCUGAAAAAGAAGCAACUUGGCUGGUGCAAGAGAAUCAUUAACAUGAUGAUGACGGAGGGUUGCAACCCAAAUCCUUCAUUGUUCAAUUCACUUGUGCAUACUUACUGCAAUGCUGAGGAUUAUGCAUAUGCAUAUAAACUGUUUAAUAGGAUGAAUAACUGUGGUUGUCCUCCUGGUUAUGUUGUAUACAACAUAUUCAUUGGAAGCAUUUGUGGUCGAGAAGAAUUGCCAAAUCUUGAGUUGUUGGAUUUGGCAGAGAAAGUUUACGAGGAGAUGCUGGUUGCUAGUUGUGUUCUCAAUAAGGUUAACACUGCCAAUUUUGCUCGGUGCCUUUGUGGUGUGGGAAAAUUUGAGAAGGCAUUUCAGAUAAUGAAGGAGAUGAUGAGGAAAGGCUUUGUUCCUGAUGCAAGCACGUACACUAAGGUGAUUACUUUUCUGUGCCAGGCUAACAGGGUAGACAAGGCCUUCCUUUUAUUUCAAGAGAUGAAGAAGGUAGGUGUUAAUCCGGAUGUGUACACAUACACAAUUUUGAUCGAUAGCUUUUGUAAGGCUGGUCUCAUUGAACAAGCCCAGGUCUGGUUUGAUGAGAUGAGAAGUGCUGGCUGCUCACCAAAUGUAGUGACAUAUACUGCAUUGCUUCAUGCUUACCUGAAAUCUAAGCAGCUCUGUCAGGCUAAUAUCAUCUUCCACAGAAUGGUUGAUGAUUCCUGCUAUCCAAAUGCUGUUACAUAUAGUGCACUAAUUGAUGGCCUCUGUAAGGCGGGCGAAAUCCAAAAGGCUUGCGAAGUCUAUGCCAAAUUAAUAGGGACUUCUGACAGUAAAGAAUCUGAUUUCUACUUUGAAGGCAAGGACACAGACACCAUUUCUCCAAAUGUUGUCACCUAUGGUGCACUCGUAGAUGGUUUGUGCAAAGCUCAAAAGGUGGCUGAUGCUCAUGAGUUGCUAGAUGCUAUGCUAUCAUCUGGCUGUGAGCCCAACCAGAUUGUUUAUGAUGCUCUGAUUGAUGGUUUUUGCAAAGUUGGAGAAAUCGAUAGUGCUCAGGAGGUAUUUCUGCGGAUGACUAAGUGUGGUUACUUGCCUAGUGUGCAUACAUACACGUCCUUGAUUGACCGGAUGUUCGAGGAUGGGAGACGUGAUCUUGCAAUGAAAGUUUUGUCUCAAAUGCUAAAGGAUUCAUGUAAUCCUAACGUCGUCACUUACACAGCUAUGGUUGAUGGGCUCUGUAAAACAGGUGAAACUGAAAAAGCCCUAAACCUGCUGUCAUUGAUGGAAAAGAAGGGAUGCAGUCCAAAUGUUGUAACUUACACUGCCCUAAUAGACGGACUAGGGAAAGCUGGUAAAGUUGAUGCAGGUCUUAAGCUUUUUAUGCAAAUGAAGACAAAAGGAUGUGCUCCCAACUAUGUUACAUACAGAAUACUGAUAAACCAUUGCUGUGCUGCUGGUCUUUUGGACGAUGCCCAUUUACUGCUUGAUGAGAUGAAGCAGACCCACUGGCCAAAGUAUCUGCAAGGAUACCACAGCACAGUUCAGGGUUUCAGCAAGAAGUUUCUCGCUUCUCUUGGUUUGUUGGAGGAGAUGGAAUCACAUGACACAGCACCGAUAGCUCCUGUUUAUGGGAUGCUCAUUGAUAGUUUCUCCAAGGCUGGUAGACUGGAGACAGCCUUGGAGUUGCACAAAGAGAUGAUGGAAGUCUCGUCAUCCCUAAAUAUGGCCAGCACGGACAUGCACACCUCAUUAAUCCAGGCACUUUGUUUAUCAUCUCAAGUUGAAGAAGCAAUUGCAUUAUAUAGUGAAAUGACCAGGAAAGGCAUUGUACCAGAUUUAAGUGCCUUUGUUUGUCUUGUAAAGGGACUAAUUGAAAUGAACAAGUGGAAUGAAGCUCUUCAGUUGUGUUAUGGCAUAUGCCAGGAGGGUGUGAACUGGCAGGGUAACAAAUUCUGUGAUGGAGGGUAGAGCUGUGGUACCUUACUGUACAUUAUAACUCCAAAUUUCUCCCCUAAGAAGUCGCAUCUCUAUGUCUCAUGCUUUGCUCCAAGAUGUGGUGUGAUCCAGUCACCCUGAGACAGAAAUGUGCAACUCAUGGAUGACUGAAGUAAAACAGCAACCAGGACUUGGAGUAGCACUGCACUACAAAGAGAUAAGAUUGAUUCUUAAGCUACAUGUAUGGGUGCUGCUGCUGCUGCUGAUCAUCAUGAUGAUUGAAGAAAACCUUCAGUACACUGCAUGCAGUCAAAUUGCACUCACGUAAGCACAACCUUUUGAAGAGUCAGCAGAACUUUAUUUGUCAAUAGCGGCAGCUAAUUUAGGUCGUUACCUGCUUAACUGUGACAUCACACGAUGCAAAUUCCAUCCCAUUUUGAUGAGGGAUGGCUGGUUCAUCUUCAGAUGGACAAAGAAAUUUCACUGGCUAUCAGGAUUAGUCUUUGUAUAUAAGAUGGUGAUGGCUACAGAAGUCUUGCUGGUGGUGAAGAUAGCAUGAAAGUUGCAUAACCCUUCUUUAUUCAUCAUUUCAGUGAUAUACCAUAUGGAACAAUACAAUUGCUUUGAUAUGAUUUACUCCCUCCGUCCCAUAAUGUAAGACGUUUUUUGACACUGCACUAGUGUCAAAAGACGUCUUAUAUUAUGGGAAGGAGGUAGUACUUGAGUAUCCUUCUAGCUCCUUCAUGUUCUGCUUUAGUGGUAUAGCAACAGAGAUGCUCUGUGAUCGCAUGAACAUAAUCAAAUAUCUUUCACCCUUUUGUUACCGGGGAAAUUUUAGUGUGUAUUGCUUUGAUGUUUUGAUAUGACUUAAAUGUGAAUACACAGUGGCUUCCAUCAUAGUGGAACAUUUCAUCCA